CCGGCCGGCGGCCCCCGGCCUCGGGGCGCGGCGCGGCGCGGGCGGCAGCAUGGUGGAGAAGCGCUGCCCGCUGCAGAGGGACGGCGUGUACCGCUGGUUCUCGGAGCUGCCGUCGCCGCAGCGCGUGGAGUUCCUGUGCGGCCUGCUGGACCUGUGCAUCCCGCUCGAGCUGCGCUUCCUCGGCUCGUGCCUCGAGGACCUGGCCCGCAAGGACUACCACUCGCUGCGCGACUCGGAGAUCAAGGCCAACAACCCGGCCGACCUGGGCAGCCUCACCAACCUGACGGACGAGGUGGUGCGCAGCAAGCUCCUGGUGUCGCUGGCGCUGCUGGGCUCGGAGCAGCGCGAGGCGGCGGGCGUGCUGUACCGCACGCUCACGCACAUCGACUCCAUCAUCCACAACUACGGGCUGCAGCUCAACGAGGGCCGCACGGGCGAUGAGUUCCUGCUGCUCUUCACCAUGGCCUCCAACCACCCGGCCUUCAGCUUCCACCAGAAGCAGGUGCUGCGCCAGGAGCUCACGCAGAUCCAGAGCAGCCUGAGCGGCGGUGGCGGCGGCGGCGGCGGGGGCCACGGCGGCAAGAGCGCGCUGCCCACCUGCCCGGCCUGCCACAAGGUAACUCCAAGAACCGAGGCUCCCAUCAGCAGCGUGAGUAAUAGUUUGGAGAAUGCACUACACACAUCAGCACAUUCCACGGAGGAGUCGCUGCCCAAGAGGACUGUGGGGAAACACUCCAAAGUGAGUGUUGAAAAGAUAGACCUGAAGGGAUUGUCACACACAAAAAAUGAAAGAAAUGUUGAAUGUUCCUUUGAGGUCUUGUGGUCUGAUUCUUCAGUAACAUCAGUAACCAAAUCUUCCUCUGAAGUGACUGAAUUUAUGUCAAAGUUACCUCAGCUGUACCCUGAAGAAAAUCUGGAGAAAUUCAUUCCUUGCUUGGCUGGCCCAGAUUCCUUUUACGUAGAGCGAAGCCACAUGGAUCUGGAAGCAGACCUGAGGUAUUUGACUUCAUUACCUUCUCAUGUAUUGAAAAAUGACCACAUUAAGAAAUUUUUCAGCACUUCAUCUCCCACCCAACAGCUUCAAAGUCCAAGUCCCGGCACCCCUUCCCUUUCCAAAGUGGGCACCGUGAUGGGCGUGUCUGGAAGGCCCGUGUGUGGCGUGGCCGGCAUCCCCUCCUCUCAGAGCGGCGCCCAGCACCACAUGCAGCACUCGGCCAGCGCGGCCGCCUUGCCCCACUGCUCCCACGCGGGGGGUGCCGGCUCAGCCCUGGCCUACCGGGCCCAGAUGGACACGUCGCCCGCCAUCCUGAUGCCCUCCAGUCUGCAGACCCCUCAGACCCAGGAGCAGAAUGGGAUCUUGGACUGGCUGAGGAAACUGCGCUUGCACAAGUAUUACCCCGUCUUCAAACAGCUCACGAUGGAGAAGUUUCUGAGCCUUACUGAGGAAGAUCUAAAUAAAUUUGAAUCCCUCACCAUGGGAGCAAAGAAAAAACUCAAGACUCAGCUAGAGCUGGAGAAGGAGAAGUCAGAGAAACGGUGCCUGAACCCUGCAGCUCCACCCCCGGUCACCGGCAGCGGAGUGGCUCGCGUCCCCCCGACCAGCCACGUGGGUCCCGUGCAGACCGUGCGAGGCGCCCACGCUGCAGCGCUGCGGGUGGAAGUGGAGCAGCCCCCUCACCAGACGGCCCGGGAAGGCAGCUCCUCCGAGUGCUCCAGCUCCUCGCCCAGCCCGAUGGGGGUGCAGGCCCGGGAAGAGAGCUCAGACAGCGCCGAGGAGAACGACAGACGUGUGGAGAUUCACUUGGAGGGCUCGGACAAGGAGAAGCCCGUCAUGCUCCUGAACCACUUCGCUUCAAGCUCUGCCAGGCCCACGGCCCAGGUUCUCCCCGUGCAGAACGAGGCGGGCUCCAGUCCAUCGGGUCACCACGCCCUGCCCCCCCAGAUGAUGGCUGCGGCCUCACACCUGGCGCCCAUCCGGAUGCUGAAUUCUGUGCACAAGUCGGAGAGGGGGGGCGCGGACAUGAAGCUCCUCCCGCCUUCCGUGCACUCGCUGCUGUCUCUCGAAGAACGGGGUAAGCUCUCGGGACCAAGAGGCGGCAUCAAAGUGGACAAGAACUUCGGCCACGCUGUGAUCGACGCGGCCCCCACGCCUGGCCCCCAGCAGCCUCUGCAGGUCCUCUCCGCGCUUGCCGAGAGCAGCGCCGUGUCACCCACCGUCUCCUUUGGUCCCCGUGCCAAAGUCGUGCACACGUCCGCGCUGGACAGAGUCCUGAAGCCGGCCCCGCAGCCCGCCCCGGGCGGGGAGACCAGCACCGCUGCUGCGGGCACGUCCAGCACCGUCUUCCACGUGGCCCGGCCCCCCAUCAAACUCCUGGUGUCUUCAUCCGUCCCCGCGGAUUCUGCCAUUUCCGGGCAAACUCCCUGUUCUAAUAACGUGCAAAUAAGCGUGCCCCCUGCAAUAAUAAACCCCCGGACUGCCCUGUACACCGCCAACACCAAAGCUGCCUUCUCUGCGAUGAGCAGUGUGCCCGUGGGGCCCCUGCAGGGCGGCUUCUGUGCGAACAGCAACACUGCCUCCUCCAGCAGCCACCCCUCCACGUCCUUCGCCAGCAUGGCCACCGUGCCCAGCUGCCCGGCCCCCAGCUCCAGCCCCGCACUCUCCUCGGCCCCCGAAAGCAGUUUCUACAGCGGCGGCGGCGGCUCCGGCUCCCCCGGGAACAUUCCCGCCUCCGCCCAGAACCACCACCACCACCACCACCAUCAGCAGCAGUCGGCGCCCCAGCAGCCCGCGCCCGCGCCGCCCCCGGGCUGCGUCGUGUGCACGUCGUGCGGGUGCAGCGGCAGCUGCGGCUCCAGCGGCCUGACCGUCAGCUACGCCAACUACUUCCAGCACCCGUUCUCGGGGCCGUCCGUCUUCCCCUUCCCCUUCCUGCCCUUCAGCCCCGUGUGCGGCAGCGGCUACGUGGGCGCCCAGCAGUACGGCGGCGGCGCCUUCCCCGUGGUGCACUCGCCCUAUGGCGGCGGCGUGCCCCCCGAGCCCGUGCUGGGCGGCCAGUCGGCCUUCGCCGUGCCGCCCGUGCAGAGCUUCAUGGCGGGCGCGGCGGGCGUGUACCAGGCGCCGGGGCUGGUGGGCGGCGGCGGCGGCGGCGGUGGCGGCGGCGGCGGCGGCCCGGGCCAUAAGAAGAGUGGCAACUUGUCGUGUUACAACUGCGGGGCCACGGGGCACCGCGCUCAGGACUGCAAGCAGCCGUCCAUGGACUUCAAUCGGCAAGGUACUUUUAGGUUGAAAUAUGCCCCUCCAGCAGAAAGUCUGGACUCCACAGACUGAUAUUUUCCUCUGGCAACAGAACACUAUUAAGCCAUGGAGACAUAAGGAAAUUAAAUACAAGACCGAGAAGUCUAGUUGCUGUUGAGCUUAAUAUUUUUAAUCCAAAGGUGCUUUACUUUACUAGACUGGAUAGAAAACCUAGUGUAGGAGUGCAUCAAACUCAGUUUUAUUGCCAAAAUCCUAGAUUGGAGCUUGACGUCAGGACUCGCCUGGUCGGCGCCUCCACCGUGGUCGCGAUGCAGAGACCUCCGUCUCCCGAGGAGCAUCGCCAUCCUCGGUCCUUCCAGGCUCACAUGUAAUUCCAGGGCAGCUACGCAAGAUCGGACUCGAGUACUGAGGGUCGGAGUUCCCUGCGUGGCGUUCCACCAGUCGGACUCUGGUCACCCCUGGGUGAGGGAAAAUGUCGCCUCUGUUUUGUUCUGUUUUUGUUUUGUUCUGUUCCUUGAGUGGUUAGACACUAAUCUCUCUGGGCUUUUUAAGGAUUGCACUACAGAAGAAUGUAAACUGAUGCCAGUCUCUGCGGUUUUGGGAGACAGACUCCCUGAGACCAGUCAGUGCAAGACACUCGGAGAAUCUGCGUUUAAGGAGUUGGCACCAGCAGGCCGCGUGACUUGGUACACGACAAAGAUGUCAGCGUCUCCUUCCCUCCUUAAAACACUUGCAGCAGUUUCAGGUUUUUCUUUUCCUUUUUUUUUUUUUUUCUGCGAAUACAUUUAAACUACAUUAUUAAAUAGAAAUAGUUACUCGCAACAACUUACUAUCUUAAGGGUCCAAGUCCCAGAGAAUCCCUAGUUGUCAGAGCUUUGAGAAUCCUUCCUCCCCAGCCCGUCAGUAGCGUGGAGUCUUGGUCGUCUCCCACCGCGACGGAGCUCUCGCAGGGACAUGGUAACCGCCCGGCCUUCGUGGGCUGGCUCCGAGGGACGCUACGACACCCUUAGCAAAGUUGGCAAGUUCUUUUAUGUCACACGGAUCUCCCGAGGCCCCCAAGGCUGACUGCUAACGGAUUCACACUGGAGACAGACAUUUCAACAAUGAUACAGUCCUGUAACUUAGGAGCAAAAGAUUUGAAACGUUCUCCUGUCAACUUCUUUUGUAUUAGGCUGUGUAUUAAUGGUUGGUUCCGUGAGAAGUUACCUGGAAAACUACAAGAGAAAGUGGUAAGACUCUGAAAGAGGCCGCACCAACAGGACAGAGCCACAAGAUCUGCACAAGUGUGGUUUUAUCCAAUGUGGGAAAGAAAUCCUCCCCACACAGCUCUCGGUGUCACCCCAUUGCAAUGAAAGUUGCUUGGUCUGAAAUGUAGGGACUUAAAUCUUCAAAGCUAAAGGGAGUUUUCUGCUCAAAUAACGAUAUUACUUUAAACACUAAAGCCUUCCAUAUUAAAAUACUGAUUGGUUAGGCCUUGCCCAGGGAUUUUGCAGUGGAGUAUAUAUUAAAAAAAAAAAAAAAAAAAAAUCCUAAUACUCAGACCGUUCUUAAAAUGGGACAAUCAGCCUCAUGCCGAAUUGGUGUAAAUCAAAAGAAUACCCUAGAAUUUGAGGCACUGUGAUGUGAGGCUUCAAAUUUUAUGAUCCGUUUCCUGGCUGCAGAGAAACUAAAGCAGAGUUGUUACAUUUUUUAAUGAAAGGCUUUUAGUAGUUUUUUAGCGUUUUAUUUUAGUAGAGUUUCAUUUCUAUGCAAUGCAGAAUGGACAGACCUCUGUACGCGUCUCUCUUCCCAGUGCACAGUAUUACGUACGGUUUUGAAGCAAUGGUGAUGCUUACGGCAACUUUUUUGGGGGAAUGUGACAUUGAUCUCUUAAUUGUAAACACUACAAAAUGUCAAAAUAACGAGAACUGACACAACUUUGCCUUAAAGAGUACGAGCCUGGAACUUGUCAUAUGAUGUUAGAGGAAGACUUGGGAGUGUCCACUGAUGUUUACGAUUUUAAUAUUUCUGAAGGCCGUUAUGGUGGCCUGGACAUGUGCUGAAAGCCAAACUUUUAAAUUUUUUGGUUUUUUUUAAAAAAAAAAAAAAAGAAAUAUUUUAAAUAAAUCCUAUUUCAACACGGUGAAAUUGUUGAAAACUGUCUCAUAACAAGAGGAAAAAAAAUCAUAUUUAGGGUUUUUGUUUUAGUGGUCAGUAUUGGGGAAUGAAAGUGUCUGUUGUUACCCUUAGGACUAUUUUGAUAAAUAUUAGAAGUUAGCGUUCCAUAUAACAAGAAGUUGAAACAAGAUCUUUGAUUUGAAGUAUGACAUUCAAAUUGAGGUAAAUGAGUCCAGACAUUGUGCGGCUGUGUUCCAGUCAUCAAAGGUCUUAGAAAAAUCCCCAGUUGUCUUUGGAAGUGCAUGUGCGGUGUGAUGUCUCCAGUGAGGCCAUUCCAAGGUGAGAAUUGUGAAACGUAAAUGUGACAUACACGGGACAUAAAGCAUUCAGCUGCCGAUCUGUGCGAUCUCUCCCCAAGUGAAUUUCCAUACUUGGACUUGGGAAUGUUUGCUGGCAGUAUUAUCUCCGAUGAAUUUCUCUCCAAAAGCAACCAAAGUCGUUAAGCCUAAAGAGCGUUUUGCAUUUCCUCAGAUGUCCUCAUCUUCUUAGAAACACAGAUCCGACUGACCCUUUCAACUACGUAGUCAUUUUCGUGAAACCAUGGGCUCAGUUUCCAAAUGCUGUAGCAACCAGGUAGGUGUGGCAUGGCCACUUGGCUGUGUGUGGUCUAUCGCAUAUCAAAGUUUGUCACCCCAUUUUUUUGUCUUCAAGAAUGGGGGAAGUGGAAUGUACAGAUUGAAGUAGAAUACAAUGUCGAGGUAAAACAACUAUUUAAAUUUUUUUUUUUUUAGCCAAACAUCCAAUUUUCUACCUUCUUUUCUAAUUUUUAUUUCAAAAGUACUGAAAAUUGGAAAGUGUUUAAAUGUUAAAACUCGUAAUUGCUAAAGAGCACUGAGGAAAUGGGAGCUAGCACUUACAAUAAAGACAAAAUUAUUUUCUUCAAAGCAGGUACGUGAUUGGGUAUUUUGAAAAAACCAACCAGCAUCAUCUGUAAUCUCCAGAAGAUCACAGGAGUCAGCUUGUGAAUAUGGUAGCUAGUAGGUUCGGUGUUUUAAUUCACUGUUUAGAAGUCACUGUAGCUAGUUUGCACUACGCUGUGUGCGGAGGUGCGGGGCGGCAGCUCAGCCCAGCGUCACACACGCGGCCCGGUGGGAGCACCGGCAGAUCUGAUCAAUCGGGAUCUGACCGAGAGGCUUGCUCUGGGCCCACUCCAGUGUCCCUGGAGAGCGCUCGCCCAGUGGAAUCAGGUUGCACCCUCCUCACUCCUUGUCAUUUUGUACUCUUCCUGCUUCUGUGGUGGGUUAUUUGAUGCCUUGCUAGUUUUACAUACUGGUUACUGAUGGCGUACGAAUUGAGUCUUAAGGAUGGUAAGGGAAGCCGUGUCUUUCCCAGAGGAUGGGCCUGUGGAACCUGAGCGGGCGCACCUCCUUUCCACAGUGCAGACGACUCCCCAAAGAAUGAGUCAGGUGACGUUUAAAACCAUGGGUUCUGAAGAGGCUCAAUUUGCAAAGUCCCGAGGUUCUGAAUGAAAAAGUCUUUAAUCAGUACCCUCGAAACCACACACUUGCUGGUUGAGGCCCAAGGUCGACUUUGCUACGCUGUUCCAGGUGGAGGGGAGCUCAGUGCGUCAUCAGUGUCCUCAGUCAGUCCCGGGUAUCGUAACAAGCCCCUCACAUGCAUUAAGUUCUCACAUGCACAAGGAUGAAGGCUUUGGUACUGAAACCGAAGACUUCGUGUACUCAAGAAUCUUCACAGCUUCUAUUGGACAGAUUUUCUUUUUAGGAAUGAAGGAAAAUUCUCCCAUUUUUGAGCCAUUCUUUUAUGUCAAUUCUACAAAUUGCAUGUAACUUUAUAAAUAUUUUUAAAAGAUAUAGUUUUGUAAAUAUUUAAUAUUCUGCUAAUUUGAUUUUGAAUUGUAAAUGUUAAGUAUUCUGUUUUUGAAGUUUUUAUGUUUUAUUAUACUUUGUUAAAAAGGAAAAAUUGUACAUUUUUAGAAUGUUUUUAUGAGUAAAUUUAAUGUACUGAAAAUAAAAAUUAAAAAAAAUGUUUCAUUUUA